UUUGUAGAUAUUGCUGUACGCUUUAAUUUAAUAUUUGUUGACGCCCCACGCAAAUUUUCGAACAAUGCUAAAUUAGUUGGCGGCAAACUUUUUGAAAAAUUUAUUAAACUAUUAGGAGAGCAUGAAAUUUUGGACGACAUUGAAUAUUAUACAGAAGAAGAACAAAACGUGGUUGUAUGCGAAAAUAUGCCGAGUACAAGUAAGAAUACACCCGAUGAAUUGGAAGAUUAUGAACCUCCAGAAAAAAUUUCUACGCAUAAAGUAGUGCCAUACGAUACAAAAUUAAAGGUCGUACUGACAGCACAAGAACAUCCACAGUGGUCUUUCAAAACAUUAAAGCAUCAUUUUAGAAAAUAUUUAAACCAUCCUUCUGAUGUUACGAAAUAUAAAAAAGCUGUUUUGUCAGGCGGUACUUUUAGAGACAAAUUAAAUACAAUAAAAACUAAUGUGUACGAUCGCUUCACAGAAGCAAGAAAUAAGAAUCAAUUAGUUACGCGACGUUUGCUUCAACAGUGGGCUAUUGCUGCAGCCGCACAAUAUAACAAGCCAAAAGAAGAACAAGACAGCGAAGAACAUACAAAUGUUUUUCAUUUCGUAGCAUCCAGCACGUGGUUGACCAACUUUUUACACGAUUAUAGGAUAUCGAAUCGUCGCGUUGUUCGAUAUGUUUCCAAAAAAGAAGCAAUUACACCAGAAGUUGUCAUAAAAUCAGCGGAACAAUUUCAAACAUUAAUUCAAGCAAUUUCGCCAGAUUACGAUCCCGAUUUUGUAAUUAAUACAGACCAAACAGGAUGUGAGUAUAGAGUUAAUGUUUCGCGAACUUACACGCACACUGGAGAAAAAUUAGUUCAAUUGUACAUAGGCGAUUUAAAUAAAGUUUCGCAUUUAUACACCGCCCAGUAUUCACUGACGAAAUCCGGGAAGUUAUUAAAUAAAGUAUUUGUUUGUUUGCAAGAAUUUUCUGAUAAUUUUGGAGUACGCGUACAAAAAGAUGUAGAUAAAUUAUUAGAAUUAUGUAAAAAUGUCGUUAUUACAUGUUCUAAAUCGGGCAAAUUAACAACAUCAUUAUACGCACAGUAUUUGGAAAAUGUUGUUAAGCCGUAUGUCGGGGAUAAUUUGUUUUUAUUUAUUGUUGAUUCCUGGGGAGGACAAAAAAACAUCCAAAUGUAUAACGAAAUAUUUCGCGACAAAAAUAAUAAACCAACAUGUAAUUUACAAAUUAUACCGCCAAAAUGUACUCCGAUAUGUCAGCCGUGCGACGUUUAUUUUUAUCGACAAGUGAAAGUUAUAAUUAAGAAAAUACAAAACUGUCCAGAUGUAAUUUCACAAUCAGGUGACGAAAGCAAACAAUUAAAUACUCGUGCUGAUGCGAUUCGUAUACAAUUUUUGACUCAUUAUCUGUUAUCAGCGCCGAAAUUUAAAUGUAUGCUUCAAUAUGCAUGGGGCUGGAGGAGCACCUUCGUCGGGCCGCGGGGGAGAUCAGUGAUCGACGUCACGUUGGCGUCUCCCCAGGCAGCCCGACUAAUUCAGGAUUGGCGGGUGGUGACCAGGGAAGAAAACCUUUCGGAGCAUCGAUACAUCGUGAUCCGACUGGUCGCCACCCCCGAGGAGGUGCUCCUGAGGCGCGGCCAGGAAGGCGCCCGACUACCAAGAUGGGGUCUCCGUAAACUCGACCGCGACAAGUUGGCGGCCGCCUUAACGGCGGUCACAUGGGCGGACUCGGGCCCCACACCGGGGACCCGGACCGCCAUUGAGGCUAAGGCGGCCGGGAUCGUGGGCGUGAUGACGGCGGCGUGUGAUGCCGCCAUGCCCCGAUCCCGGCCACAUCCCCGCCGAUCCGUGUACUGA